GUUAUGAAUUUGAAACCCACAGUCCCUCGAUAGAAAUUACAUACAGAUAAGCUUGAGUUUAGCUUCCUGAUGUAGUUAAUAUCACGACGUGUUUCUCUAUCUUUAAGACAUUCGUUUAUUCUACUAUAGAAUUAAAUCAUCUCUACGCAAAUGAUUUUUUAUACAUUAUAUUUGAUAACCUCAUUAAAUUGUAACACUUCUAAUUAAAUUUACUGAAGCAAGAUAUUGAUUCUUGUUUUGUUUAACAUUAUAUGAAGAUACGCAAGUCUGAGUGGAUUUGAUCGGCUAUAUAUUCCAUUUGAAUUAUUUAUUUUUGAGAGCAUGGCUUGUCCUUUGGGGAACGUGUACGAAGGGAUGAACCAAAAUGAAGAUAAAUCAAUCGAGGAUUUGAACGUCGGGCUUUGGUACGGUGAAUAUCUUUGUCUUGAUAAAAUACUAUCAGCUCAACGUCUUCUUAGUUCAACCCAAAACAAAGAAAUUCACGAUGAGCAUUUAUUUAUCAUCACUCACCAAGCCUAUGAACUUUGGUUUAAACAAAUUAUCUAUGAACUGGAUUCUGUCAGAGAUUUAUUGAAUGGAAAAACCACAGCUACACAUAUAUAUUAUGAUUCGUACAAUGACGAGAAGAUAAAAGCUGAAAAAUAUCAACGAAUGGAUGAGACUCAGACUCUAGAGAUUUUAAAAAGACUUAAUCGCAUUGUCUUGAUCCUUAAACUACUUGUGGAUCAGGUAACAAUUUUAGAAACUAUGACACCAUUAGAUUUCAUGGAAUUUCGAGAUUACUUAUCUCCAGCAUCUGGCUUUCAAUCACUUCAAUUCCGCUUGCUGGAAAAUAAACUUGGAGUAAAACAGGAGCAUCGUUCUAGGUAUAAUCAGUCUUACACAAAAAUAUUUGGAAAUGAUCCAGCAGCUAUAGAAGCUAUCCAAAAAUCAGAAACGGAGCCAAGUUUAUGCCAUUUGGUCCAGAAUUGGUUAUCUAGAACUCCUGGACUUGAACAAGGUGAAUUUGAUUUUUGGGGAAAAUAUCAGUCAGCUGUCGAGCAAAUGAUAGCUAAACAAGAAAUUAUAGCUCAGAAUCAAACUGAAGAAACAGUACGAAAUUAUAUGUCUGCUAAUAUAUCUGCAAAAAAAUCUAUGUUCGAAACAAUAUUUAAUAAAUCUCUACAUGAUGCUCUUGUCGCUCGUGGUGAAAGACAGUUUUGUCAUGAUGCUCUUCGAGGUGCCAUUAUGAUAACUCUUUAUCGUGAUGAACCAAGAUUCAGUCAACCACAUCAGAUACUAACUGCACUCAUGGAUAUUGAUUCUUUAAUUACCAAAUGGAGAUAUAAUCAUGUCAUUAUGGUCCAAAGAAUGAUUGGAUCCCAACAAUUUGGUACUGGUGGCUCAUCAGGAUAUCAAUACUUGAAAUCAACAUUGAGUGAUCGAUACAAAGUUUUCUUGGAUUUAUUCAACCUCUCUAAUUUUUUGAUUCCACGAAACAUUAUCCCACCGUUGACCAAGCAAAUGAAGACCAAACUCUCGAUAGCUUGGGAAUCCUGGAGCCAUGAGAAACUCGUAUCUCGACAGGAUACAUCCGAAAGUUCCAUAGAAGAAUCUCUAUAAGAAAAAUAUAAAAUAUUUUUAUGAUUAA